ACUUAUCAGAAUAAAGUGGGCGCUUCUAAACCAGCACUCGCUCCCAGAAGGGCACAAAAAGGAGGAGGGGGACAAACCCGAGCUGUCUAUACAGAAACCUCAAGAUCAUCAGGGUCUUUAAACUCUCGCCCCCCGACUCACCGAUUGGGGGUAGUGAGUCACGAGAGGGGCCCCUCAUCCAGAUUUCACAAAAACACCUAUUGGAAUAAACCACAAGAGAAGAGGAGACGACAUUAGAAUUGCCAAAAGAAACAUCCAUUAUCGGAAAACCUUAUCCUGGUGGCGACCAGAUUGUCAGGCAAGCUUUUCAACGAAAAGGGAUUCCUCCGGAGGCUGUAGACACCAUGAUGAACUCCUUGAGUGACAAUACGAUUUCUCAAUACAACUGUAGCCUAAGACUUUGGUGGGAAUUUUGUCAACUGAGGGACAUAUCCCCUUUUAAAUACGACGUACCCAAUAUCAUUUCAUUCCUACAGCAGGUUAUGAACACAUCAAAAUACUUAUAGUUCCUUCAAUUCCCAUAGGGCGGCUCUUUCCCUUAUCACUUCUAGCGAUUUAGGGACAAAUACAGAGGUAAAACGAUUUAUGAAAGGAAUUUUUCGAACUAGACCGCCUAGGCCUAGAUAUAAUUUUACAUGGAAUCCUCAAGAUGUUCUUAAGUUUUUAAAUAAACCGCCCGAUAAAGAUCUAAGAUCCGUAUCCUGUAAAUUAGUUGCUCUCUUAGUGUUAGCUACCGGACAGAGAAUCCAGACUGUUGCUCUUAUUAGAUGUCCUAAUAUUAAAUUUUCUACCUCAGGGGCAGACAUCCAAAUCCCCGAUUUUGUGAAAACUUCAGGGCCUAAAACACUUCAACCUAAGUUGUCAUUGCCAUAUUUUCAUGAAUGUCCUAACUUGUGUGUUGCUUCUUGCCUACAUCAGUACCUGGAACUAACUAAACCACUCCGCCCUGCCGAUUGUGAUAAGCUAUUUCUCACCUUCAAUAAACCACAUGGCCCAGCUACUAAGCAAACCUUGAGUCGCUGGGUAAAAAAUACAACUUCAUGUGCGCUAAGACAAGGGGUGCAUAUAGAUGCAAUACGCAGAUCAGCUGGUUGGAGCCAGGACUUUCAAACCUUUGCAAGGUUUUACAAUAGACCUCUAGUAGAGAAAGACAAUUAUUUAACAUCUGUCUUGAAUCUAUUAUCAUCAGAAACAUAGAGGAUAUACUUACGGUUAUUUGAAUUUGUUUAACGUUUGUAU